UCUCGCUAAUCUGUCGCAGUGGAGAUUUGGCGGAAGAACACUAAAAUAAAUCAAGUUUGUUGCGGCCGCCUCGUUUGGAAACGUUAAAACCAAUGCAAUAACACGACAGCAUUGGAUAGAGCGAAGAAAACGCGCGGAACACUGCGGAGGGACCUCAUUCUCUUUCCUCACAGGGACUACUUCGCGUGCGGGAAGUAGAUCCAGCGGCACCCCGCCCAGCCUUAGCGUUCUCAUCGCAGCCGCCAUUUCAGGAGGUGCCGCCUGCGAGAGUCGGUGGGGCGCCCGCGAGCAGGAACGAUGGCGGCCUCGGUGGGGAAUGUAGCCGACAGCACAGAACCAACGAAACGUAUGCUUUCCUUCCAAGGGCUAGCGGAGUUGGCUCACCGGGAGUAUCAAGCAGGAGACUUUGAAGCUGCUGAGAGACACUGCAUGCAGCUUUGGCGACAAGAGCCCGACAACACUGGCGUGCUUUUGUUGCUCUCAUCUAUUCACUUCCAGUGUCGCAGGCUGGACAGGUCUGCUCACUUUAGCACUUUGGCAAUCAAGCAGAAUCCACUUCUGGCAGAAGCCUACUCCAAUCUGGGAAAUGUGUACAAGGAGCGUGGGCAACUGCAGGAGGCAAUUGAACACUAUCGACAUGCCCUGCGCCUCAAGCCAGACUUUAUUGAUGGAUACAUUAAUCUGGCUGCUGCUUUGGUAGCUGCAGGUGAUAUGGAAGGGGCAGUCCAGGCUUACGUUUCUGCCCUGCAGUACAAUCCUGACUUGUACUGUGUUCGUAGUGACCUGGGGAACCUGCUCAAAGCCCUGGGUCGCUUGGAAGAAGCCAAGGCCUGUUAUUUGAAGGCAAUUGAGACUCAACCAAAUUUUGCAGUAGCAUGGAGCAAUCUUGGCUGUGUGUUCAACGCCCAAGGAGAAAUCUGGCUUGCCAUUCAUCACUUUGAAAAGGCGGUGACUCUUGAUCCAAACUUCUUGGAUGCUUAUAUUAAUCUGGGGAAUGUUCUGAAAGAAGCACGUAUAUUUGACAGAGCUGUAGCUGCUUAUCUACGAGCCCUGAGUCUGAGUCCAAACCAUGCAGUUGUGCAUGGCAACCUGGCCUGCGUCUAUUAUGAGCAGGGCUUGAUUGACUUGGCAAUUGAUACCUACAAACGUGCUAUUGAACUGCAGCCACAUUUUCCUGAUGCUUACUGCAACUUGGCCAAUGCACUCAAGGAGAAAGGCAGUGUUGCUGAGGCAGAGGAAUGUUACAACACAGCUCUUCGUCUUUGCCCCACUCAUGCGGAUUCUCUUAAUAAUCUGGCAAACAUUAAACGGGAGCAAGGAAACAUUGAGGAAGCUGUUCGACUGUAUCGUAAAGCACUUGAGGUGUUCCCUGAGUUUGCAGCUGCUCAUUCCAAUCUUGCAAGUGUUUUGCAGCAACAGGGGAAGCUGCAGGAAGCACUCAUGCAUUACAAGGAGGCUAUUAGAAUCAGCCCCACGUUUGCUGAUGCCUAUUCCAACAUGGGGAACACUCUAAAAGAGAUGCAGGAUGUUCAAGGAGCGUUACAGUGUUACACACGAGCCAUUCAGAUAAACCCUGCCUUUGCUGAUGCCCACAGCAAUCUGGCUUCCAUCCAUAAGGAUUCAGGGAACAUACCAGAGGCCAUUGCUUCAUACCGCACUGCUCUGAAAUUGAAACCUGAUUUCCCUGAUGCCUAUUGCAAUUUGGCACAUUGCUUGCAGAUAGUUUGUGAUUGGACCGAUUAUGAUGAAAGGAUGAAGAAGCUGGUCAGCAUAGUUGCUGAUCAGUUGGAGAAGAACAGGCUUCCUUCUGUCCACCCUCAUCACAGUAUGCUGUAUCCAUUGUCCCACAGUUUCCGGAAGGCAAUUGCUGAGAGACAUGGAAAUCUGUGCUUGGACAAGAUCAAUGUCCUUCACAAGCCACCAUACGAGCAUCCCAAGGACUUGAAGACUAGUGAAGGCCGACUGCGUGUUGGCUACGUAAGCUCUGACUUUGGGAAUCAUCCUACUUCCCACCUCAUGCAGUCAAUCCCAGGAAUGCACAAUCCUGACAAAUUUGAGGUAUUCUGCUAUGCCCUCAGCCCUGAUGAUGGCACGAACUUCCGGGUGAAAGUGAUGGCUGAAGCAAAUCAUUUUAUUGAUCUAUCCCAGGUUCCAUGCAACGGAAAGGCAGCUGACCGCAUCCACCAGGAUGGCAUACACAUUCUCAUCAACAUGAACGGCUACACCAAAGGAGCCCGGAAUGAACUUUUUGCCCUCAGACCAGCUCCAAUACAGGCUAUGUGGCUGGGCUAUCCUGGGACCAGUGGGGCACUAUUCAUGGAUUAUAUAAUCACAGACAAAGAAACCUCCCCUGUUGAAGUGGCUGAGCAGUAUUCUGAAAAACUGGCUUACAUGCCAAAUACAUUCUUCAUUGGAGAUCAUGCCAACAUGUUCCCACAUCUGAAGAAAAAAGCAGUUAUUGACUUCAAAUCCAAUGGGCAUAUUUAUGACAACAGAAUUGUUUUAAAUGGCAUUGAUCUGAAGGCAUUCCUUGACAGUCUUCCUGAUGUGAAAAUAGUGAAGAUGAAAUGUCCCGAUGGUGGGGACAACGCCGACAGCAGCGCUGGACUCAGCAUGCCUGUCAUUCCUAUGAAUACAAUUGCAGAGGCAGUGAUUGACAUGAUAAAUCGGGGACAAAUACAGAUAACCAUCAAUGGAUUCAACAUUAGCAAUGGGCUUGCAACUACCCAGAUAAACAACAAAGCUGCAACUGGUGAGGAGGUUCCACGCACUAUCAUUGUCACCACCCGCUCCCAGUACGGAUUGCCUGAGGAUUCUGUUGUGUAUUGCAACUUUAAUCAGCUUUAUAAAAUUGACCCUUCCACUCUCCAGAUGUGGGCCAAUAUUUUGAAGCGAGUCCCAAACAGUGUAUUGUGGCUGCUGCGUUUCCCAGCUGUAGGAGAACCAAAUAUUCAGCAGUAUGCACAGAACAUGGGCCUUCCACAAAAUCGUAUCAUCUUCUCUCCAGUUGCCCCCAAAGAGGAACAUGUGAGGAGGGGCCAACUUGCUGAUGUCUGUCUAGAUACACCACUUUGUAAUGGCCACACCACAGGAAUGGAUGUACUGUGGGCUGGGACCCCAAUGGUUACCAUGCCAGGAGAGACUCUUGCGUCACGUGUUGCAGCCUCCCAGCUUACUUGCCUUGGCUGUCCUGAACUAAUUGCGAAGAGUAGACAGGAAUACGAAGAUGUUGCUGUUAAGCUGGGAACAGAUCUAGAAUACUUGAAGAAAAUACGUGGCAAGGUCUGGAAGCAGCGAAUAUCCAGUCCCCUGUUCAACACAAAGCAGUAUACAAUGGAAUUGGAGCGGCUUUAUCUUCAGAUGUGGGAUCACUUUGCAGCUGGCAACAAACCAGACCACAUCAUCAAGCCCAUAGAGAGUGGUGAAUCAGCUUAAAGAACUUUGGGCCCUGAGAAGAACUCCUUCAGGAAAUGAGCAGAGGCAGUGGGGAACCAAGGACUCCAUAUCUGUUUACUCUGCCUGGUACUUUAAACAGAUGAGAUCUAUGAUAGCAAUCGAAAGAGCACAGCUGGACGUCUCCUGCAUGAUGGGGAGAUGACAAAUUUUGUAUCCCAUGGGAAGUUUGCAGUUGAGCUGUGGCUCUUCUGUGUGCCUGCAGGGAAAGGUGUGAAAUGCCCAGGCAAUUGUGAUUUCAUGGGUUGAGUCUGUUUUCCUGUGAAUUAGAUUUUUCUCUUCCUGCGUGGAUUUGGAAUUGGAGCUUUUUAAUAUUUGGUUUUCAGGUAUUCCUGUUGGUACAUAUGUGGGGUGCCUCUGCAAGAUUUCCAGCUAGUGAGUGUUGUUCCUCCCAGAGUUAUUUUUCUGAGCUCUACUGAAUGAGAAGGGGGGGAGUGUCUGCUGGUGAAGCUUUUUAUAGGUUUUAUAAACCACUUAAGUCUAUCAGCUUUAUUACUGUUUGACUUCUCUUUUGAGGACUUUUCUGUGCCAUCUUGGCUUAGAUGAGGAUUUUAAAAACUUCAUCUGUGUAAAUUAAUUUCAAGAUGGCAUCUUUUUCUGCACAAAAAGUAAAUUCAGUUUAAAGCUUGUUCUCUCCCCCCCCCCCCUCCAAACACACAGAACACAACCUGGUGCCAAAUGCCUAUUCUUCAGGAGCGAUAGCAGCUACAGAGGAGCAGGCCUAGCUGCUGUAGCAAAUUCUUUCUAAAAAUAAAAUUGUCUGUUCAGUUUGGCCUAUUAGACAUGUUUCACUUUUCCUCCUUGUAAAAACAAUGAUGUAUUUGUCCACUGGCCUCUUUAUGUGCUUUUCUAGGCUUUUUUAAAAUGCAGCUGUUCUGUUCACUCCAGCACAAAUGCAAUCCCAGGUAAGUAUGGAUUUUCUUUUCAGUGUCUGCCUCCAGUUUGAACAGCUUUUACUAUGAUGUGUCUGUUGGCAGAACUCCAAGAACUUUAUGGAGGUGAUUUGAGAGAGUGCGAUAUUUAAUUUACAUAUUAAAUCAGCAAGAAGGAAUACUUCUAAAUCUCUUAACCUGCUUUGUCUACAGGUUCUAAACAAAGCAGUGUAAAUGUGGUUGGUUGUGCUGCACAAGGGUACCCUGUAGUAGAUACUAGAAAACAGUUCCCUACACAUGCUGGUCCAACACACUCUUCAUUAGUUUCAGUUGAUGCACAGGUAUUUAACUCUGAAGUAUGCUUGACUGUAGUGCCAGUGGUCUUUGUUUUAGCAGUGGCUCAAUUGAGCGAGAUGCCUAAGUCCCUGGGUUCAAAUCGCUCCUCUACAGCAGCAGCGCGUUGCCUGUUAUAGCAGGUGAGGAUUUAACUCUUGCUUCUUACUGAGACACCUCCUUUGGAGCUGAUGCUGCAGCUUGGGUACAUGUACACCUGGAUUAAAUUUGGUGUAGAGAUUAUUAAUUUAGAAACUGUGUGUCCUCAACAGAUUAACCACUGUGUGUAAUUCUAAAGAUGGGAAUGAAGAUGGGAAUUUUUCCCCUUGGGAGUGCAGCUAUUUUUACUUCUGCUUGCUCACUGUACCAGCUCUUGUUUCCAGAUAACUGUCUGAUAAAUACAAAUGAAAAUCA